CUCUCCAUCAGUAUGCACACAGGCUAUCAUUGAGCACACCGCCAGUGUUUCACAGUUACAGUCUCCAAAUACCAAACACAUAUCUCUUGUUUAUAAGGGCAUGUUAUUUCUUUGGUUCCCUGGUUGAUAUUACACUGAAAAUGUCUUUGUCACAGUUGUGUGCACAGCAGUGUAUUGGCAGCUGCUACCUCAGGAAGGCCUGUGCUGUCUGUGGUUUGGAGCUUCCUGCUUCCGCUCUAGCCUAUACUGCAUAGGACGAGUGCAAGCUGUCAUACUUCUACAGGAAGGGCGUAACAGUCAGCAGAUAUUAUAGGUUCUAUGCAUCCUCAUUAGCUCUCUUUUGGCUACUCUGGCUGUAAUGAAUGGAGGGGAAAUAUUGGUGUUUCCCUUUUUGUUUUGUUGAUUUUUUUAAAUUUAAAUAGUUUAAAUAAUUUAUGCUUUUUCUUUCUCACUCAGGCUCGUUGCAGUGAAGACCUGCUGAGAAACAAGAUCAAGGCUCUGGAGGCGCAGCUGCAAGUCUGCCUGCAGAAGUUUCCCAAGGAUGGAGUGAAGAAGCUUGUGAUACAGAUGGAGAAGCAGAAACUGGUGUAUGAGGAGAGGGUCCUGGCCGCCCUGCAGAAGGUCACACAGGAGAAAACUGAAGCGCUCAGCAAAGCUGCGACAAUGCAGGAAGCGCUAAUUACAGCAAAGGCAGAGGCACAGAGGUGGCAGAGCCUUUGUGAGCAGAUGAAGCUGAGCUCUGGACAGCUUAGGGAGAACCAACACCUCAGUAAUGACCAGCUGCAACAGCUGCACAGCCACGUGGAGCUGUCCAGAGGCAGAGAGGCCGAGCUGAGGGAGGAGGUGGUUUCAUUGAGGCAAGAGAAGAAGGAGCUACAGUACAACAUUUGUGUUCUGGAAGAGGACAACCAGAGUUUAAGAGAGGAAAUCCAGAAUCUCAGAGAUUGCAGCAAUGAGAGCCAGGACUUAAUGAUGCAGGGGCGUCUGACAUCAGAGGAAGCAGAGCCGCAACUGACGGCAAGAAGGGACUCUCAGGUGGAGGAGCAGCUCCGUCACACUCAGGAGAAACUCCAACUCAAAGAGAGAGAGUGCAAGGAGCUGCAGACGGAGCUGCAUGCCAUGGAGCAGGAGUGUCAGUCCAGCCAGGCCCGGCUGUCGCAGUGCAGGGACGAGCUCCGGCAACUCAGCCACCGCCGCAAGAGACCGACGCAGUGUGGCUCCUGGUGGAAGAUGUGUGUGUUCUUCCUUCUUCUCCUUGCUGUGGCAGGGGUUGCCAUGUUGUGGCUGUGGCAUCCUCCUUUCAGGGAGCAAGUUGAAGACCUGUACUCAGACAUAGAAACACGCAUUGAAGACUAUCUCAUGGACAUGGCCUCUCCUCAACACUCAGGCUGUUUUAGACCGAUAUGAUAAUGUCACUGCUCAGGAACAUAAUUUUUGUUGUUUUGUAGCUUUUCUAGGAUGUAGUUUGUUGAUAUUUUUGUAUUUCAUUCAGUUUUAGACUUGGAACUCAAAGUGUGUGUGAAAAUGUUGUGUUGACAUGUGUAGGAUGUUUGCAGAAAGUUCAAAUACAAGUGAACACUUCCAGAAACAAUCAUGUUUUACAUGAUAAGAUAUAAAGAAAUAGUGAUUAUAAAAAAAUGGUACUGUUUGUGUAGUUUCCUUGAAAAAGAUUUCUAAUGUUGGUGAGUUGAAAUCAAAUAAAGUGUCAUUAGUUAGAGUCUGGAGUUAAUGGUGCAUUAAGUUUAAUGGAAGAUACGUGAGAUCUCCAUAGUGAAGACAUUGUAAAGAAGGGACUUCACUUAAGUUGGUCAGAGUGGAGAGCUUCUUUGUUUUAUCCUUGUGCAUCUUAAACAAAUCAUCAUCCACCGACCAACAUUUACUCCCCUCUGGAUAAGAUCUCAUCCUACUUGUACCACUGGACUCAGCCAUACUUACCUAAAGUCUGUAUGACUCCUACACUGUCUUAAAAAUUCCUAACUUUUCCAUAUCAAUAUAUUGUAAUUUAUAAAAGUAAAAAGGUGUUCAAGAGAAACUAA